UCCUCUUUCCUGAACGAAGACAAUUCCCCCCACCCCCCUAUAAUAACAAGCACCUCCUUGUGACUGAGACUUAUCUUGAGAAUCUGUGGAACAAUGGGUACCCUCAUGGUGGUCAUAAACCCAAUCAUGGCCGCAGGCGGCUACGAUAAUGAUCGCAGAGUCGGUACAGGACGUGUUCUUCCUACCAAGUUCAAUCCUCCCUAUCCUGACGACACACCGCAAUCCCUUUUUCCACCUGGUGUCAGGGUCGACAGCGUUCCACAGGUUCAUCGCUUCAUUCGUCGAAACAAUCCUCGCCAGCUCCUCCUUUACACAAAGGGUACCUGUUUGAAUAACGGCGAAGCUCAGCCCAGAGGAGGCUGUGGUGUUGUCUACAGAUCUGCUGUGGACCUUCCUGAAGGCAAAAUGAAUCACUUCAAGAUCCCCCUCGAGAUCAAAGGGCCCAGUGGCCGAAAGCAUCCGCACACCAGCGACCGAGCCGAAUUACGGGCUGUGAUAGCAGCCUGCCGCUUCCGCUGCUGGACGGGGGAAGGGUUCAACAAACUGGUGAUCGCGACUGAUUCCGAAUAUGUGGUGGAAGGGGCGACAUGUUGGGUCCAGGGAUGGAUCCAGAGGGGCUGGAAGACAAGAACAGGGAACCCUGUUAAUAACCGGGACCUGUGGGAGUGUCUGCUGGGUGAGCUGGAGCGGUGGUAUGAUCAUGGUAUGGAGAUCCAGUUCUGGCAGAUUCCCAGAGAAUGCAAUACCGAUGCAGCUCGCCUUGCCGAACAGGCCGCGUUGGAGACCCCAGCCAGAAUGUUUGGCGAUGUUUCCGGAUACAUGGUUUAGGAUCUAAAUGUGUUCACCAUGGGUCUGCCAACGGGUCGAAGGUUCUCAGUGUUCUUGUCUGUUGUUUUCAUGGAAGGCCGAUAUAAGACUGACCGGGUAUAUGGUACGGCCGUUGUUGCUGGAACAAAAAUUGUAUCUAAAGCUUUUGCCAGAUGUGUAUAUAGGAUUCCGAGUUAUAAGAGUGUUCCUAGUAUGGGCCUCGUGGCUAUAGCAAUCCCUCUUGUUUUUGAUAAUUAGACAGACUGUCCUUUGUGCUUGCAGUAUCAGCACCCCAAGUCAAUUGGAAGUAUCGCGUUAAGGGUAGUCACUACUAAUCCACAGAUCACAUA